AUGAAACUUCAAUUGGCGGCAGUGGCUACAUUAGCAGUCUUAACUAGUCCGGCAUUCGGUAGAGUACUUCCCGAUGGGAAAUACGUCAAGAUUCCCUUCACAAAAAAAAAGAACGGCGACAAUGGUGAACUCAGCAAGAGAUCGAACGGCCAUGAAAAAUUUGUACUAGCUAACGAGCAAAGCUUUUAUUCUGUUGAGCUAGCCAUUGGUACACCUUCACAAAACCUCACUGUGCUGUUAGACACAGGCUCAGCUGACUUAUGGGUUCCUGGCAAGGGAAACCCCUACUGCGGUUCUGUGAUGGACUGUGACCAGUAUGGCGUGUUCGACAAGACCAAGUCGUCCACGUUCAAAGCCAACAAGUCCUCGCCUUUUUAUGCCGCUUACGGUGACGGAACCUAUGCAGAAGGUGCAUUUGGUCAAGAUAAAUUAAAGUACAACGAAUUAGACCUCAGUGGUCUAUCGUUUGCCGUGGCCAACGAAUCUAACUCAACCUUUGGUGUGCUCGGGAUCGGCCUUUCCACGCUUGAAGUCACCUAUUCUGGAAAAGUCGCUAUUAUGGACAAGAGAAGCUACGAGUAUGAUAACUUUCCCCUGUUCCUAAAACAUUCUGGAGCCAUCGAUGCAACCGCAUACUCUCUUUUCCUAAAUGACGAGUCACAGUCCUCCGGCAGCAUCCUCUUCGGCGCUGUAGAUCACAGCAAGUACGAGGGCCAACUGUACACUAUCCCGUUGGUUAAUCUUUAUAAGUCGCAGGGUUAUCAGCACCCGGUGGCGUUCGAUGUCACUUUACAGGGCUUAGGACUGCAAACCGACAAGCGCAACAUCACAUUGACCACCACCAAGCUCCCAGCCCUACUCGAUUCAGGCACAACGCUAACAUAUCUGCCCUCCCAGGCAGUGGCUUUGCUAGCAAAGAGCUUGAAUGCCUCGUAUUCCAAGACAUUGGGUUAUUAUGAGUACACGUGUCCCUCGAGCGACAACAAAACCAGCGUGGCCUUCGACUUCGGUGGCUUCCGUAUCAACGCUCCUCUAUCCGACUUUACUAUGCAGACCAGUGUGGGGACCUGUGUCUUGGCAAUAAUUCCACAAGCGGGCAACGCCACCGCUAUCCUUGGUGAUUCCUUCUUGAGAAACGCCUACGUGGUCUACGAUUUGGAUAACUACGAGAUUUCCCUAGCUCAAGCCAAGUAUGGCACGGGGAAAGAGAACGUCGAAGUCAUCAAAUCUACCGUUCCCAGUGCAAUAAGGGCCCCCAGUUACAACAACACUUGGUCUAACUACGCCUCCGCCACGUCCGGUGGUAAUAUUUUUACCACCGUGCGCACUUUCAAUGGCACCAGUACUGCCACCACUACGAGGUCAACCACCACCAAGAAGACAAACUCUACCACUACUGCAAAGUCGACUCAUAAAAGCAAGAGGGCACUCCAGAGGGCUGCUACCAACUCCGCUUCCAGUAUACGCUCUACCUUGGGUUUACUGCUAGUCCCCUCCUUACUCAUCCUUUCCGUUUUCUUUUCGUAA